AUGGCGCAACCCUACCCGACUCCCACCGCCCUAUUUGUGCCCGACGCCCAACCCAGCGCCGUAGUGAGGGCGCAGCUGCUGAGGCCGAUGGUCGAGGCCCGACCGGCGGCGGGCGUGGUCGGGGGCGGCCGGGGCGGGGGCGGCGCUUUCAAGAUCGACGUUGGCCAGCGCGAGCGGCGGCCGCGGAGGCUCGCGGCGAAGCGCGGCCUCGACCAAACAAGUCCGUGGAAGGCCGCUGGUGUCGUCUCGGAGCUCCGCAUAGUGGACGCCGUCCCGAGCUUGCCCGACGAGGCCCUUGGGCGCCCCGGCCAGGAAGUCGUCGCCGCCGCAGUCGACGCGGUCGGCCUCGCGGGGCUUUCGUUGUUAAGGUUCAGCGGGCGGUUCGUCGAGGCUCAGUGGAGGGAUCCUGGGAACUGCUGGGGUUGA